AUGGUUGAAGAUAUGAGUGAUGAUGAUAGCAGUACUGACCGUAUAACUGAAGAAGGUGGAGAGGAUGGAGACGUUGAGGGAGGGGAGGAUGGAGAUGUUGAGGGAGACGGCGGUGUGGAAAAAGAAGCUGAAAUAUCUGAACUGGAUUCGGAUGAUCUCAGUCAACCGGAAAUGGCUUAUGGACAAACAGACCGGGGUCCAGUGAGAAUUGGGAGAUUCGUUGCGCAGAAUCUGGGGCCUGAUGCCAUACCAACGGCCUCCAAAGUAAUAGGCACUCAGAAGUCAAACAAGGAAGGGAAAAAGUUUACAUCAGAAAGUAGCUCUUCUGAAGGAGAAGCAGUAAUCAACGACAAUCGCGGCGAUCACCUCGCGAUACCGGUAAACUGCGUGAACCAGCAGCCCGCUCACAAUCACAAGAAAACGUCAAUCCUUCUAAACGCCGAUGAGAAGUCUCCUAUAAAUGAGGAUGAAAUCACGAAGGUGACAGAGCCUUCUAAAGUUGUUCUACCCGGCUCGAAGGAAGCGUUCAGUGGCAUCAUCAAAGAACGAAACGUGGAAGUUUUUACUGCGAGCGAUGUUCCUGCAGCCAUCACGCAACCGUCAACCUCUAAACCACAGUCUUUAUUCAGAAUGAAGAGAUUACAUAAUAACAUGUGA